AUGAUAUCGUGGAGAAGGACGAUAGUGCGAGGAAUAUGUACGGCAAUGUCUGGCAACCCUUCUUCUUCCUUAUCAUAUCAACAGCAACAACAACGGAUCAAUCUGGAUGUAUCCGGAUUGAUCCGGCUUAUCCUCAUUACUUUUACAACUAUCCGGUUGAUAACGCUGAUAACAUUGCCUCAGGUGGAUGCUGUUAAACUUCCAUUGCAAUCAGCUUCUGGACUAUAUCAUGCUACACCAAGAAAAGCUUUGCUAUUUGGAACACGAUCCAAAUUGUCAUCAUCUAUUUAUGCUGAUUCUAUUCAACGAUUACGUGAUCUUACGGCAGAAAGACGUAAAAAAUCAGAUCAUUUAAAAAGUCAAGAUCAUUCUAUGCAAAUUCUCUCAGUUCUGAAAAGAGAUAAACCUUCUAAUCUAUCAUUUCAUACUAGUAAUGAUCAUUUUAAUCAAUUUAUGCCUUCAUUCGUAGCAAUAUCUGAUGAUCACAAACAACAAAUUUUCCAUAAUAAAUUAAAUAUGCUGACUUCAUCAACCAGCCCAGUACCAUCACUUCCAAAUAUUCCAAAAUCUGUCUAUUCACACGAUUGCAGUAUUGGAAAUUGUUUGCUGAAUAAUGGUGAUAAUUUUAGGCUAUUGCAUGAAGCAGAAGUGAUUAGGACAAAAGAAAAACAGUUAUCACCACAAACAAAUAUUUUUCCUGCAAGUAAUAGUAAAUCUAAUAAUGAAGACACUGAAUCGGAUUUUGUACCGGAUCAAUCCAGUUUGCGCACUGAUUUGAAGACUGUCAGGCGUAAAAUGCAAUCAUCCAGAGUAUUAGAACCAGUUCAUGCAUUGUCUUAUUAUGAAUUACGCAAAAACUUCAAAAAUGAUGCUCAAUAUGGUGAUGAUUCCAAAGUUAUCUCAUCUAUUAGUAAAACUGCACCACCAUUCGCUGGUGGUGCUGAGUUAACGGAUUUUAUACAACCUAUUGAAACAACCACGCAAUUCUUGGAUACUUAUGAAAAAAGCAAUACAAAUUCUGAACACCUAAUUGCUCUUUCUGAUAGUCAUGAAAGCAAUAAGUAUCAAAUGAUUAGAUCACCGGAAAGUCGUAGAACAUAUGCUUCACUUCAGUCACCACCACGCAUGUCAUCAUAUCUCCCUGCACCAGAAAUUUACAUACCUGUCAAGUCAUCUUUUACCAUUCCUGAGUAUUCUAAUUAUGAUGCUCAUAGAACUGAACAUUUUACGCAACCGCCAACUUACACUACAAAUUAUGAACCAUACACACACGUAUGUUUUAAUUUUUACUAUAGGUAG